AGUCAGCGCUCUACACGACACUCGGUCUGAUCUCUUUCCCUGCAAACCUUUUCUUUUUGCAACCUUUAAAUCUCCCAUAAUUCUACUUGCCUACCCUGAUAUAAUGAAUAACAAAAGGAAUAAAUCUAUUGCUAUUUUUUUCUAAGCCUACUCAUCGUGUGUACUUGAUGUAUAUGCUUUUCUAGUAUCAGUCAGCACUCUUUAGAUCAUACGCACAAGAAUAUAUUGUAAUUUCGCAUCUUCUGUAUUCACUGGGACAGCACCACAAGCAUAUUACGCGUGAUCCAUUUUCUCAUUUGUCACAAGUGAAAUGAUAAUGAUUUGACUCAGCCUUACGCGAUCUAAGGACCAUGACGCUUUUUUGCCCGAACGGUUUGUAACUUACAGCUGUCUCCGGUGAUAAUUCAUCUACGAUAGCGACCCUUGUGCCACUAUCGGAAUUCGACUGCUGGACGGGCAACGCAAACGCUCUAGCUGCUUAGAGUAUAUACCUAGGUCCUAGGCAGAAGCCACUAGGGAUGACUGAACAACUACGCUGGUCGUUGUUGAAGGUGACGACCCUGCACCGUGAGGCUGAGGUCUCGUACUCGAGCGGUAGAAGCAGUGACGACCCUGCACCGUGAGGCUCCUGAGGUCUCGUACUCGUAGCGGUAGAAGCAGUGACGACCCUUCACCGUGAGGCUGAGGUCUCGUACCCGUAGCGGUAGCUCAUAUAGAAAACACAAAACAAUCCUCAUCAUGUCGAAGUUACGGUUUCCAUCUGCAAGCGGGUAUUCUCCAGGUCGCAUGGUAGCCGAGGCGAGGACGCCACCAGGCUCCACAUUGCUCCAACAACUUGGUCGCCUUUCUGCUACUGUACUUGGCCGCGGUCGUGAUGGUGCAGCGGAGGGUUAUAUUAACAUUACGUUUUUACACGAUCAUCUUCAUCAUAACAUUAUAAAAGAAAAACAUUAAGGACGAGUGGUGGAAGGUGUUUCUUCAUUCAUUCACAACUUUCUUCAUAUUACCAUGCACGAAGAUCUACUACAUCGCAUAAGUUACUACUCACCAUCUGUACCUUACGUACCUAAGAAAUUACCUAACAAUUCCUCCACCAUGCAUCCCCUUUCCAUGAUGUCGGCUGGUGUCAUCUCUAACACAACAAGUCGACCACAACGGGACGUGGAUCUGGCGGCGAAGAGCGAGAUAGAGAUCGAACUUCCGAGUUUCGGCGAAUGGUUGGAGUGGCAGGAGGACGCUGAUAUAUUGGCGGAUAACAUCACAUCGCUAGACCUGGACACGAAAAAGCCGGAACAAAACUUCAUCGUCAAAGAAAUGGUCCUAAGCUGGAGACUCAGGAAACCGUAUUCGUUUUGAUAGAGGGUUUUCUACUUUGGAUCGCAGAGACUUCGCUCACCUUCCAUAUUAUACGAGGCGGCAUGUUGCGUAGUCGUUUGUGGCUGCGAGAAGAGCCGAGGCGCCACAGGAUUAGGCUCGCCCUGGUGAUCGCCCUGGGCUUUUCGGGUUUUGCCGCUGUUGCCUGGCUGGGUGGGGUGGAGCGCUUUGCGGAGGCUCGUGAAGGUGUUCGCCCCUUUUACUGGCAGGGCGGCACUGUUUCUGGACGCUCACGCGGAAAGCAUUCACGGCCUACGCGCAAGGAGUCGAGAAAGGCUGGAGCGCGGCCCGCUGCUGGGCUUUGUCGGACAGCGCAGACGGCAAGAGAGCCCGCGCCGAAGCUUGUGGCGGUGCGCGGUUGAGCAUCUUGGCCAAGAAGCAGGGCGAGGAGAAGCCGUCGCCGAAGGACCACCACGAGCCGGCGCGCCGCGGUGGAUGGCGUUGGUCGACGUUUGGGCCAGAAAAAACCGGCCCGACUUUUCCGGAUAUUUGCCGCCUUUUUAGUUUUAUACAAAGCUGCCCGGCGUUCUGCCGCUGUCCUCUCGUGUGCGCCUUGGAUCGCAGCACAACGCCGCGAAAGAGUUUCUUCGUGGGGGGGGUAUGAUGCGCCGUGUCUGACAGGCUAGCCCUUCGCCCACCAAACAAUACAACGAAAAAGCCAAAGACCCCAGAGGAAGGGGGGAACGCUGGCAAACUUUCGGCUUUUGAACUCUCUGCUUUUUUCUCUUGUCAAUAAAAGCGCAGGACUUCGCGCAUGUGGUCCGAGGUGGUCUCGCUUGACUGCUCCAUGUCUGCGCCUUAUGGGCACCAGUCUGGGAGUCCGUGCCGCAAUUCAUGGAGCGGCGCCCGCCAUCGCCUCUAUUUCUAUCGCCUCUCUCGCGUUUGUUAAUCCACUGCGCAUGUCUGUUUCUUCGGCAUGUGUCUGAGUGGAGGGGAGGCCUCCGGCAUUGGUGCGGCAGCAUGGUGCUAAAGUUCGUCUUGUGGGUCCGCUGCUCUUCGUUCUUCCUUGUUCUUGUCUGAGGACUGGCGUGAGAGUCAGCCACCGAUACGUAAGACCUGCCACGCGGUGCCCGCCGUGUCGAGGCUCGGCGACUGGUCUGCUUACCCGGUGGAUCCACUGGCCCGCUCGUCUAUGGCUCUAUCUGCUUUCUAUUGCAUCGGCCUGGCGGCGUUAGCUGUAUUAGUAUGUAAGCCAGGACUUAAGUAGCCUCUUUACAACAUGGGCCCAGUAUUAUCUAUUGCGCACCUUCUGCAGAGUCCUCCUUCUCGUUCACAAUAGAGCACCAGCAUGGUAUAAGUAGUUAUUUCACGGCCUCAACACUCUAUUAUCUUGAAUAUGACAGCUAUAGUCUCAUCUAUUGUUGUCGUGUCCUUGGCGCUCUUAGCUUUGUCAACAUCACAGGUAUCUCAUCUACUGUUGUGUCUUGGGCGCUCUCAGUUUUGGACUAUUGAUCUACACCGCUUACGAGACGGUGGACGAUGGUAAGGAGCAUUCUGCAGGAAACUAUACUAUAACCUCCGCACGUGGGUCGACGACCACAAAAUACACGAUUGCAGACGCACCGAAGAUGAUAUAUGGACGGGGACCACGACCUGAAAGUGCCAAUAUUAUGUCAUGAUCUUCUACUUGAUAACCGGAACGGUCGUAAAAACUUAACGCUGAACUUAAUCCACUUCUAAUGAUCCACCAAACAAGAAUGGUGAUCCUGUGAGUUCAACGGAUUCGAAAGAGCGGGUGUCGUCGGCGAGUCACUGGUUUGCUGAGAGUCUGGAGGUAGCAAUCGGCGUUCUAUUGGUCUUGGAAACCCUGCUAACAUGGUACACACUAGGAUCGCGCACAUUCUUUGCGUCACGAUGGUGCCAGUUCGAUUUCCUUGUCAGCGUUCUUAUUAUGGACAGGUUUUCCACUUUUGGUGAUAGUGAUUGUUAUUUCUCGUCUACUGCCUCAACCACAUCGUUCUUCACGCUCUCUAGUUGUACUGCCUCAAUUAGAGAGCAUGAAGUUUGUCCCUAGUAUGUUGUCUUCGUAUGUGUCGAGUGCCUUUCAUUUCCUCUGUAUUCGUGUUCGUGUGCGUCCUCUUAGCAGAUUCAUGGUGGGAGUCGUUUGACGUUGUUCAAGAAUAUCUAGAGAUGCCGAUCCUGAUUUUGCGGUUUGGCCUACAGCCUCUACGCCUCAUCCAAACGGCACACAUCAUACGGAAAGCAAGACAAAUGCAGAUCACGCAGAACAGUACUACUACUAAAUGCAGAGUAGAGACUUUGAUGAUGAGCGAGAACCUCGAUAUUACAACCACCAAAUAUUAAUAUUGAUUACCGAAAGCGAAAGUGAUACGAUACGAUACAAGUAGUAUGAUCAGUGUAUCAAAUGAAGCAAAAGCACUUCUGGAAAGAAAUGUACUAUUGUUGUCUCAACGUAGUAAGUAAUUUUCAUUCUUGGGCCACUUCCAUUGAAUCGGUUUAACGGUGCGCUUUUUAGGUACUCGCAUCACGUGGGAUCCGUUACCUUUCGAAGAAGCUCAUUUCGCGAUCGCGCCUGCGAUGACUCCCGAACGCAAAGCAUCACAUGAGGCUCACGGCGGGUGCCAUGACUUCCUCGGUGCUACUCCAGACUCGUUGCGGGAUCAUGUAGAUACAGAUACCCUGAUCCAGAUGGAUAAGCCGAUAACCAACAUGAUAGGUCUCAGCACUAUAGGCCUUCAACACGCGCAUCGUGAACUGCACCAUCCUAGUAGCGAAGAAGACCCGAACUUCAGUGGUCAUGACCUUCCUCCAUUUGGAUUUUCUACUUCCGGAUCUCGGGACACAGCAGCAUCGAACUCACAACAUGGUGGGCUCAGGUUAAGGCUCCUAGAAGGAAGGCAUCCGAGAUGUAUCUAAAUCUAUCUAUCAUUCUCGGCUAGUAAAUACUUGUUUAAUUUCUAGUUCAACUUCGUAUUCUUCUAGUCGAGAGCGACCGAGACCACGCCGAUGGCAGCACAAAGAACACUGGUUCGAGCUUUUUUAGCUGCAUGUUCUAACGCUAUCAGCCAAGCAGCACCAAGUAGAGGGAGAAGGACACGAACCCCUGGACAUGGAAAACAACUGCUCUUUCCGACCUUUCCUCAGCAGUUUGAUAGAUCAUUUGCCGCUAUCGCUACGUUUCGCGGACUGGACUUUACUCUACAAACCACAAGUUCACGGACUCUCGCACUUUAGACUCUUCAAACUCCUCGAAGACCACGCAUCCGACUCAUCUGGUGGCGUCGUAGUACUAGUCCGCGACUCUCUUGUUAUGGUGCUCAUAAUUUUUUGUUGCAAAAAGAGAGGAAAGGGUCGCUUGUACAACAGGUGCAGAUGUUGAUGUUCGACGUUCUUUACGAGGGCAGCCCGAUUUUACAGGGUGAGUAUGUUCACAAGGUAUAAAUUUACACUCUUUGAUGUUCUUGAAUAGUAUUUUCAUCUGCCUAAGUAACGUAAGCUUAGACUAGAGCAGGUAUUAUAAUAGAGUGGUCGUCGAGAGAAGCCUAUGAUCUCUAAUCUUGGUAGCGUUUUCGGCGCAUACACAGAAAAGUUGAGCCCCUUUUCCGAACAUCGAGAUUUUUCCUUCGUAUUCUCGUUCAAGGGUGCGCCAUCUUUGUCUCUGAGUCUCGAAGACUUAGCGGGCUCGAUGCAUCGGCAAGACGUUGAAGCUACUAGCUCUAGUCGUCUCCUAAAUACUAUGAAUAUGACGACCUCGUCGGCCACAUCUUCAAUUAAGCCUAGUACCGCUGGACCAUCCUCAACAUCAUCCUUGGCCCUUUUUUCAAGGAGAAAAAGGGACCAGGGAGGUUCUCGGGGAUGCGAGCGCGGUAGCUCUAAUUCAACUUCAUCAAAUGCGAAUGCCUUUAUUCCAUCUAGUCCUCCUCUCGGCGUCGACCCCUUUUUCGAUAGAAGGGCUAGUGGGCGACUCGGAACGCCAGAGGCCGUUCACGCAACGAUCGAGAGAGAAAAGCAAGUGCUUACCCAGCGCAGUGAUCACGCUAUUCUAUGAAUGGUGUCUAUCCCAUCUAGCCAGACCAUCAUGGCUACCCCUUUCAUUCCCUUAAAAGGGGAGCCUCGCUGGUCGUACGGAUGGAAUAAACGCCAUCCAUAUCUUCGCAAAGUCACUCGCGUCUAUCACUAUUCCUCUGCAGCAUCACCUGUAGCAGCAGCAGCCGCACAAGGUAUGAAAUAGGGAUCACAAAUGAAGUAGAAUUUUUUGAAUCAAAUACUUCUACUAGAUACUGCGUUUCAUUUUCUUUUGAAAAAAGCAAGCCUCAGUGCAUCUGUUGUUGAGAACAUGCCAACAUUAUUGCAAGUAUAUAAUCGUCGGUUCAUAUCAUAUGGAGACCUACAGGACAAGUUGUUUCCCCCCAGUUCCUUUUUCGUCGCAUAAUUAGAAAAACUGGCCACUUCUUCCCUCUUUCAUAUCUUGCGAUCUCCUGGUAUUCGGCGGCUCGACGCCUUCUCGCGGAGGGACCUUCGGUACGAAGAUGCUUAGUCCUUUCCAUCCUCAAGGUCGAAAUAGCUCCAAGGGCAGCGCGCCAACUUUACCUGCCAUGAUCUGCAACGACACGCUGUUGUGUUUUGGCGAAGCGCUUAUAAUCGAGGUAAAGGACCUCCUUCGAGGAACGUCUAAACCCUGUGCAGCUUAUGGAACUACGGAACCCCUCUCCAGCGACACGGACUUCCUCAUACGCGACCUUGAACUUUGGAAAUUUACUGAUACAUGAUGGGCUGCUCGUCGUGGUAUUCUUUCAACCCAGUAGGGGCUACUUACAAUCUGAAUCUUUGUUAUGAUACGAUAGCAUUUUUUGUAUGUGAACGCACAAUCUCGUCCAAGAACUAUUCUCAUUCCAUUCACGACUCGUCUUUGAAAUUUCUUCCUUUUGUUCCGCAAGACAAAAUGCGCAGCCUUUAGCGAACAAAAGUCAUCGGCGUGAAGGACGUGUCACUCUAGACGGCCUCAUUCUUUUCUUGCAUUGACUUCUUUCAAAAUUCGUGACCACCUCCCGUUUUUAACGAAACUGAGUUCUUCGCGAAUGCAAAUGAAUAGAAAGGAGAUUCAUGCACACUGUACUACGAUCA